CACAGGCUGGAAAGAAAGAAGCAACACUGAUCAAACAGGAAAUUUCAGAGAGGUAUCCAUUUCAGUUCAUUUUUCCUAGAAUUCAAUCAUGAACUCCAAUAUCGAAGUUAAUUUCAGAUGACCACAUAAUUCAGAUUAUACCAACACCAGAUUAUACCAACACCAGAUCAUACUCCUAAUCAAAGUCAUGAGCAAAGUCCAAUUGUCACUUCAACAAAGUCACCGGCACCAAAACAUGAAAAAUAGAGGAGUGAAUGAAAUGACUCCAGAAAAGCUGAGUUCUUUAAAAGAAGAUCUGACGAGACAUAUAUGGUGGGAUAAGUGGCUCGAAUCAAAAUCGAUAAUUGAUAAAUGUCCUGAUAUGGUACGCAUUCCGUUAAAUGAUAGGGGAGACACGGCUCUUCAUGUAGCAGUAAGUCAAUGGAGCCUUGAAACUGUGAAAGAGUUGGUUCAACGUAUGAGCCCAGAAGACAUGCUAAUACCAAACUUAGAUGGGAUGCUUCCAGUUCACUUGGCUGCUUUAUAUGGCCGCAACAUAAUGGUGCAAAUUUUGUCCUCUCAGAAAGUGCUUGACAAAAUGGAUUCCAAGCAUAUUGAACUACUGUUUUUAAUGACCAUUAGGUUCAACAUGUUUGAUUUGGCAAUGCGAUUAUUUGAAAAACAUCCAACUACUCUGGCCAUUGCUAGAAAUGAAGAGCACCUUACCGCAUUGCAUAUGCUGGCGCGAAAGCCUCCAGAAAGUUUAGACAUGGAGGACAACAAGGAAUCAAAAGCUGGUCCGCUAUUUAGAAAAUUAUGGACUAAAGUUAACCAAUUGGAACACAAUAGGAUAAUGGACUUGAUAACUCAUCCUUCGCCAGUGCUGUUUGAUGCAAUAAAAUCAGGAAAUGUUGAGGCUGUGAAGAUGCUUAUUGACAAGAAUCGUGAAUUAGUGACAAUAAAGGACCCCCAAAAUGGACGGAACCUACUGCACUUGGUUGUGCUAUUUCGACAAAAAAGAAUAUUUAUAAGUAUGCUAUGGGGAUUGGAAGAGCAUAUAGUACGAGCAGUGGAAGUGGACAAUGAAGGUAACAACAUUCUACACUUGGCUGCGCAUCUUCCAGUUGAAUUCGAAGAAUUGUCCAGUUUAAGAGCAAGCAUUCAAAUGCAAAGAGAGCUCGAAUGGUUCAAGUUCGUGGAGACGUGUGUUCCUCGUGAACUAAGAAGAAUGAGAAACAACAUGGGCAAGAGACCAAUUGAUGUAUUUUAUGAAGAACACAAGAAGUUAUCCGAAGAAAUAAAAGAUGCAGCCAAAGGAAUAGCCGAAUAUGGCAUGCUUGUGUCAACACUGGUUGCUACCGUAGCAUUUGCGGCUGCUCUGACUGUUCCAGGUGAUAAGACCAAUCCGUGGUUUACUGUUCCAGGUGAUAAGAGCAAUGCGUGGUUUACUGUCUUCAUAUUGGCAAAUGCAGUAGCAUUAUUCACUUCUUCUGCGUCUAUACUCUCAUUCUUGUCAAAUUUCACUUCAUCAAGAUUCGCACAAAGCGAAUUUGUGAAAUCACAACAUCCCAGCUUGACUUUUGGGCGUGCCUUACUUUUCAUCUCCGUUUUUGCUAUGGUUGUGGCUUUCACUGCAGCCUCCUUUUUGAUAUUUGAUCACAAAUCCAAGUGGGUUGCUUAUUUAGUGGCUUCAAUGGCCGUUUUCCCAAUCCUUGUGUUUUUUCUCUUUCAAAUUAGAUUUUUGGACGACCACUUGUGGUCUAGAUGGUAUCGUUUGUGCGACGACGAUUUCAUGUGGUAUUUCAGGACGCUCCACAGGCAGCUCAGGUCGUUUAGAGAUGCGAUAUCUGAGGUUGCUCAGGUCGCUUAGAUAUAGGAUUAAUAUUCUUCACUGUAUCAUUUGUUUGUGAUUCAAUCAAGCUUCUGUUUAAAUUUGAGAUUUUCUAUCUCAUGAAAUAUUACAUUUCUUAUUGUUCCUGCCUUAA